AUGAACCGAAUAGGAGUGCCAGUAGUGGCCAAACCAGUGCCUCCCGACUGCUGGCGAUGCGAUGAUAGUGCGAACCAACAGAAACUGUUGCUGUUGUGGCUGAACCUGAUGUUCAGACAUCGUGGCAUAUACCGGUCAGGGAUGUGUCAAAUACCCGUUGUAGAGUCUAGCGGUAUCGACAUUAUUUUGAACCUCAACUAUGGUUUUUCGUAUUAUGGUUAUUCACCCGAAGAGAUUACUCUGCUAGAGCACCGCUGGGUAUACCCGAUAUUUUUGACCGGUUGGCGUAAUAAUCGACUGGACAUGGAUGAUAUGUACCGGUGCUCUCAAUAUGAUGAAUCUGAACACAUUGUUAAGGAGCUUGAAAAGUAA